AUGCCCCCCUCCGUGUCCAAAAAGCGCAAGGUGUUGGAUGGCCUCAAACCUGGCCACUCCAAGAAGUUCAAGAAGCAGCGCGACUAUCACAGCAGCUCCGACGAGGCCGAGGGUGAUGCCGAUUUCCAGGCCGUCAAUCUGGCCGAUUCGGAUUCCGACGAUGCGGCGGCGACGGCGACGGUCCCGAAGAAGCAGAAGCCCACCAAGUCCAAGUCGAUAGGCUCGAACGGGCCGAAAAAGGAAGCCAGCGAUGAAAGCUCCGUUCCCAGCGAGGACGAGGGCGAGAGUGAGGAUGAUGCCUCAGGAGCAUCCAACGAGUCGGACGACGAUGCCGACUCCGAUAUCUCCAUGUCGGCCGGCCGCAGAACCGUCCCCAAGCGAAACGAUCCCGCCGCCUUUUCGACCUCGAUCUCGAAGAUUCUCGCCACGAAACUUCCCACCGCCGCUCGAGCAGACCCCGUGCUGUCGCGCAGUAAAUCAGCUCAGCAGUCUAGCACCGAGAUUGCCGAAGAGAAGCUCGAUCGACAGGCACGGGCGCAACUCCGGGCCGAAAAGAAGGAGGAGUUGGAUCGCGGUCGAGUCCGCGACGUCCUGGGGAUUGAACGAGGCCAGACGGGUGCCGUCGCUGAGGAAGAGAAGCGUCUGCGCAAGACUGCCCAGAGGGGUGUGGUGAAGCUGUUCAACGCCGUUCGAGCAGCGCAGGUGCGUGGAGAAGCGGCUGUGAGGGAGGAACGACAGAAGGGAACCAUCGGCAUCGGGGAGCGCGAGAGGGCCGUGAACGAGGUCAGCAAGCAGGGCUUCUUAGAACUUAUCAAUGGGAAGAAGGGGAAGCCGCUGAAUAUCGAAGAGGCAUGA